UUUUUUUUUUUUUUUUUACCCAGCAUGCCUCUGCAGGACCUGCCCUGCCUCAGUCUCCAGGGCUCCAUGUUGACUCAGUCCAACAAACGCAAGUCCAGAAACUUUCUGAGCGAGGGUCUGGACACAGAGUGCACCCCCACAGAAUUGAUCCAGCAGUGUUCCCCCCGACACAAGCUGCAGAGACUCAACACUAAGGACAAGGAGAACGACUACGGACACUUUGUUCUGGCCAGGAGACCUCGGAGGAAGAAGGAGUCCAGUACAGGUAUUUCAUGGGACCAACUGCCGGAUGAGCUACUUCUUAAAAUCUUCUUCUACCUCCCCCUGCAGGACCUUCUUGGGAUAUCCAGAGUUUGCAAACGCUGGCACCGUUUAAUGUUCGACGAGUCUCUGUGGCACAGCGUGGAUCUGGAGGGUAUGACCCAGGCAGACGCGGCUCUGAGGCACGUCCUGAAAACCAAGGUGACGAGGCUGCGCUGUCCACGGUCGUACGUAGAGGAGCUGCGACUCGCAGGCACCGAGCCGCUUCAGAUGGCUGAGCUGGACCUGUCCAGUUCCAUCAUCCCCACCUCUGUCCUGGAGAGCAUCAUCUGUGGCUGCAGACAGCUCAGGUGUCUGAGUCUGGAGGGACUGCAGCUGUCUGACCUCAUCAUCAAGUCUGUGGCUCAGAACACACACCUGUUGCAGCUGAACCUGAGCGGCUGCUCCGGCUUCUCUGACGCGGCUCUCACUGACAUGCUGCAGUCUUGCUCCAGUCUGGAGCAGCUGAACCUGUCCUGGUGUGAAUUCAGCAGCUCUCACAUCAGAGGCGUCACCGAGAACCUGAGCUCCGCCGUCACACACCUGAACCUCAGCGGCUACAGAGAGACUCUGACACUGGAGGAUGUGAAGAUGCUGGUGGACAGAUGUCCACAUAUUCAAACCUUAGAUUUAAGUGACAGUACUCUGCUGAUGGCCGACAGCUUCCCCGUCCUGGCACAACUCAAACACCUGCAGCAUCUGUCUCUGAGCCGCUGUUACCACAUCCACGUCGCUGCCCUGACGGACCUGGGGACGACCAUCCCCUCGCUCUGCUUACUGGAUGUCUUCGGCCUGGUGCCUAACGGCCACCUGCCGGUGCUGAAGAAAGAUCUGCCACGCAUCUGCAUCAACUCGAAACCCUUCUCCACCAUCGCCCGACCCACGCCGGCCAGCACACCGGCGGUCCCGCUCAGCGAUCGCAGCAUGUGGGGCAGCAGGUGUCGACUGAGGGUCCGAAUGUAAAGUGCAACCACAGCCAGGGUGUUGGUGUUUUUGCUGCUACUGAAACUACUUUAAGUGUUUUCCUGCGUCAACAGAAGUGAGAGCCACACAAUGAACAUUGUUGUUGUUUACAAGGAUAGUUCAGGGUUUGUUUUUUGUUUUUUUUUUAAAAAGUGAUGUACUAUCACAGGAUUUUAGCAGACAGAAAAUGAUGUGGAUUAAGUCCCACUCUGCCAUAGAGAAGUCCAUAAUGAAAAACACUCAUUUUAAAUCACAGGACCAAAGAGUUGAUGUUGCACCAUUUUCGUUCGUCAUAAUGUUUAAAAUGUGUUUCAGUGUGACGUUUGUGUUUUAAAUCAUUUGUUCCUAUUCACAUCAGUGACACAAAAGUUAACGAACAUGACAGCGGGUCCAGCGGCCGCUCUGUUGUCGGGAGCUUAAAUUUGUGUUUUUCUCUAUGGACUUUGGUGUGGGAGAAAAACUGUUUUCAUUAGGGGCAAAAACUUGAAUGUUCUUUUGCGAAAGAUUGUCAAAAGCAAGAUGAAGUAGCAAAAUAUGUUCAUAUAUUUCUGUAGACCUCAGCUGGUGAACAUUUUUAUCCGAAGAAUCUCUUGGUCGUCUAGCAUGAAAAUAUCAAUGGUGCUUAAUGGUCGGUAUUUUCAGGUUAAUGUCAAGCUACUAGCUAGAUAGUGCAAACAUAACCCAACAUUAUGUAAUAUCUUAAACAUUUGUCACUUUUGAAUUGUCUUUUAAUCUAAAAAAAAACUGUCUUUAGCUUAUUGUUAUUUCAAUUUAAAAACCCAGAACUAUCUCUUUUUUUGUACAUAACAUGUUGGAUCUUGUGGAGUUCGAAUCAAGUUUGUGUUUUAACGUCAGGAAGGAAUGUUGAGUAUUUGCGGAUCGAUGCCUGCCACGUUUAAAAGUGAGGGUGAACUUCUCUCAGUGGAAGUGCUGACAGAACUUUUUUAUAUCUAAUAUAGUUAGAACUAUUUUUUUUGAAGGCUGCCUAUGGUUACACUGUUUUUGUUCCCUUUACCCCAUAAUGCUGUUUCUCCUAAUCAUAAUGUUGUCACUGUUGAUACUGGAUUCGAAACCAUUUCAAAGACAAACUUGAAUUUUAGCAACUGUUUCUCUUCAUGUCUUCAGUAAAAAAAAAAAGUUGUUUUAUUACAUUGUGGUUACUACAGAA